CGAACUAGUUUUGCCGUCAGGUCAGUCGUCCUUGCACAGUUAUUGCAGUUGGUUUGCGUUCGACUUGUUGUUUACGUUUUCUUAACGAAAUGGCAUCCCGCGCAUUAUUACGACAAUGUGCGAUUGUAAUUGACGAAAACGGUCUUAGAUGGAGCAGAUUAUUUUCAAGUAAAAGUACAGAGAUAGAAACGAAAUUAGACUUGACACAACGUAAGGAUCUUCAAGAAACUUUACAGACGCCAGAAGAGAUCAAAUAUCUACAAGCAUUGAAGAGUCCGAUCACUGUAACUGACGAAGAUGUAGGAUAUGUAUCUGGUGUUCCUGAGGAACAUAUUAAGACACGUAGAGUACGGAUUUAUCAGCCUGCCAAGAGUGCCAUGCAAUCUGGAACAAAUAAUAUUCACUUUUGGCAGAUGGACUUUGAUACACGUGAACGUUGGGAAAAUCCAUUGAUGGGAUGGACUUCUAGUGGGGAUCCCAUGUCAAAUAUCCAAGUUAAUUUUGCAACAAAAGAGGAGGCAAUUGCGCAUUGUGAGAAGAUGGGUUGGGAAUAUUAUGUGCAGAAGCCGAAUCUUAACCAACCAAAACCUCGCAGUUAUGGAAUAAAUUUCUCUUGGAAUAAACGUACUAGGGUUUCAACUAAAUAAGUUUUGUCUAAAUAAUGAGCUUGAAUUCAUCAUUUGUAAUUUUGUGUGAUAGUAAUGAUGAUACAUCGUUAAUUGUAGUCAUCUACGAUAAAAGCUCUUGCAAUAAAUAUGUAUCAUAAUGCAAAUAAAUGUAUAUAUUUAGGAUAAUGUA